AUGGGGAAGCGCAUUGUCGUCACUGGAGGCUCCGGAAAGGCGGGCCAACACAUCAUCAAAUAUCUUCUGAAACAAGGACAUGCUAUUCUGAAUUUGGACCUCAUUCCUCUUCCCGCGGAACUAGAAGAGCGCGUCCACACCCUGCGGGUUGAUCUCACCAACAGCGGUCAAGUGUACAGUGCCCUGGGUUCUCAUUUCCGCCUGCAAGAGCCAUUUCGUGAGCCACUUGGGCUAGUCCCAGAUGCAGUCAUUCACAUGGCAGGGUACUCCCGCAAUAUGAUCGUGCCAGACGAGGAAACGUUCCGCGGCAACACCCUGUCAACAUAUAACAUCAUCGAAGCCGCCUCACGGCUUGGCAUCAAGAAGAUCGUGAUCGCCAGUUCCGUCACCGUCUACGGUGUUGCCUUUGCUGAAGGCGACGUGGACUAUCCAUCCUUCCCGGUAGAGGAGACCGUUGACACCAAUCCCAUGGACACUUAUGCCAUUGCCAAAGUGUGUGGUGAGCGAGUGGCGCGUGGGUUCGCGCGUCGAUAUGGAAGCGAUAUUUACGUGCUACGCAUUGGACGGAUCUUCGCACCGGAGGAAUACAAAGAGUCCUUGUUCCGCUCGUACGUUGAGACGCCCGACAGAUGGGCGGCUCACGGGUGGGCGUAUAUUGAUGCUCGAGAUCUCGGGCAAAUGUGUGAUCUCGCGGUGCAGAAGGAUGGCCUUGGAUUCCAGAUCUUCAAUGCGACCAAUGACGAAAUUACGAAUUACGAGGGCACCGCCGAAUUCCUUGCCCGAGUCUGCCCUGAUGUACCGGUGACGCGUGAGUUGGGGGCCAGGGAGGCUCCCAUCACUAAUCGGAAGAUUAAGGAGCUGCUAGGCUUCAGAGAAGAACACCAUUGGAUGAAAUAUUAUGAGUGA